AUGGACUGGGAUCAUCUUGCUGAGGAGUAUAAUGACAAGUUGUUUGCUGGCUGGCUACAAUUGCUUUCCCAGCAGUCCCCUGCCUUGCCGUCGAGACUCGCAACCCAGCAUCGUCGUGGCACUGCACGGGUAGCUGAUGUCUCACAGUUUACCACGGGCGCUUACAAUAUUUGCUGCAUUGUUACCUUUGAGGAUGGAUUCCGUGCACUUGUUCGGUUCCCAAUCCUGGGUAGAAGCCGCUUUCGGACGGAAAAGAGUAGAAACGAGGCUUCAGUCAUGAAAUUCCUAUCUCGAAAUACCGCGCUCCCUGUCCCCCGCAUUCUUGGGAUGGGUCGAUGGGGAUGCGGCCCUUACCUUGUCAUAACUUUCAUUGAGGGAAUGUUGUUGUCCAAUCGCCUUGGGGACCCAACAAUCCAGUCGCCCAGCUUAAAUCCAAAUGUUUCCGACUCCGACAUUCAAAGUGCCUAUCGCGUGAUGGCGCAAGUUAUCUUGGAAUUGUCUAAACCAAUCUUUUCGUCUAUUGGAGCUCUGGAAGAGGGAUCUCAGAUGUGGAAAGUAGCUCAAAGGCCACUAACCCUCAAUAUGAACGAACUGGUGCGCGUUGGAAAUCUUCCUCCUGGCAUAUUUGCCGAAAAAACAUUCAGUACCGCGGGCGAAUAUUUCGAGGAACUCGCGAGACAGCAGCUUCUCCACCUUCAAUACCAACGGAACGAUGCUGUUGAUGAUGAGCAAGAUUGUCGAAAGAAAUACAUAGCCCGCUGCCUUUUUAGGAAAAUCGCCCGGGAGUAUAAAAAGCAGCAGUCGGGUCCGUUCCAUCUUUACUGCGACGAUUUGCGUCCGUCCAAUGUACUUGUUGCAGCACAAGACUUUUCACUCACUGGUGUUAUUGAUUGGGAAUUUACUUACGUUGCGCCUGCCGAAUUUACCUAUACUGCACCCUGGUGGCUCCUAUUCGAGAGCCCCGAAGCUUGGGAGUCAGACUUGCAUGUAUUCUUGGCACGGUACACACCACGCUUGCGUCUCUUCCUCAAUGCACUCCGAUCAUGCGAGGACGAGAUGAUCCGAAAGGGUGCAUUAAAGGAGUAUCAGCGACUUUCAGAACACAUGGCAGAGUCUUUGAAUAGCGGGCUUUUUUGGUUCUGCCUUGCUGCUAGGAAAAGCUACAUGUUUGAUGAUAUCUAUUGGCAAUUUCUUGACAAACGACAUUAUGGACAGGGAUCUCUUGAAGAUAGGCUUUUGCUUUUGUCACAGGAGGAGUUGGACGGACUCAAGAUGUUUGUUUCUUUGAAGAUGCAACAAGCACGUGAGAACCGCUUGGACGAACAUAUAUCAAUUGACAAGCUUAUUGAUCUUUGA